AUGUAGAGAUACCAUGGAUCAAUCAGAAUAUCUCAACUUGCCCAACCAACUAAGAGAAAUAAAAAGUAUUCAUAGAAUCCAUAAAAGAUGAUGUCAAGAUAAAUUGACAAUCAUUUCGAUAGGGAUGUACACGAGAAACCGUGGAUCUCUUUAGGAAUAUUCCCUUAUGAUCAGAUGAUCAAAUAUUAACAUUCAGAUACUGGGUUGUCUUACACUAAUUUGAAGAUUAAAAAGUUACGAACAUUUUAAGAGUUGUGGGAGAAGAAUGAGGAGAUACAUAGUAAAAGUGAGCGGCAUCAAGGCUUUAGGGAAUUUAGAGAAUUCAAAGAUAUUUCUGAAGAAGAUGUGAUUGUUUCAAUCGAAUAUUGUACUAAUUGUCAUGAACACUUGAACUCAACAAAGCAUGACGAGGCACGCUAUCAAGCAUAUGCCCAAGCUCUUAAGAAUGAAAUUAUCUAACGCUUUCCAAUUGUUAAAGUCAUUCUCAAGCCAUUAAUCUAUGAUCAUCUCGAUCAUGGUAUAGACACAAUGUUUCUAUAACGUCGAUUAGGGUGUUUUGAAGUCUAAGUGAUAUCCAAACAAAAAGGAUAAAUCAAGUAGGCUGUUAUUGGAUCCAAACUUAAUAAUAAUGCAUGGCCAUAAAUUUCAGUGAUAAUAAAUACGUUGCCACAAUAUUUUAAGAAAGUUUCCUUCAAUAUAGAUUUAAAAUUCGCUGAUUCUGAUCAGAAAUUAAAAGGCAUCAACGUCAAAAUACAACCAUACCGUCCUGUUCUACCAAGAACUCAAAGCAUUAUGUUAUCAACCUCCAGGUCUCAUAGAAUAUUACGGCCACAGAGUGCGUAAACUACAUUGUCUGAAAAAUAAGGGUAAUCUCAUAGAAGCUAGAAAGAGGCAGAGGAUAAUCCCUAACAUAGGAUAGAGCGAACAAAUUAAGAUGGUCGUAUUGCUCUAAGAAAUGUGCCUCUGGAUGUUUAUGAGGUGAUUAUAGAGGAGACCAAUGAUUUUCUAAGCAAAAAUUAUAAAAUUGAUUUGUUUUCAUUGCACAAUAAUGAUCUGCCUCUUGAUCAAACAAUUGAAUUGCAGAAACAAACGAAUUCUUGCAUUUUAGUUAUUGUGCAUUGUUAAUUGGCACCAGUUACAGAAUGCAGAGUAGAGAUAGUCCCAAUAAGAGGUGGGAAGGAUGCUGUAUUGAAAGAAUCACCUUCAGGGAGUGGAAAGUAUGAAAUUAUAGUGGAGCCUGAUCACUUUAAAAUUUAUGUGAAAAAAACAGGAUAUUUAGUUUACAAGGAUUAAAUAACCACAAGUGCUGGAGUUUGUGAAUUUAAAUUCGAAUUGACAAAUGCUCGAGAUUAAGAAGAAGGGUAUGAUCCUGUUUAGGAUGCAUUAAAUAAGAGACGUGCUGCUUAAUCGUCUAGUGAUUUGACGGUAUAGAAACCAAGAUACUUGCAACCUCCAUCUAUAAAUUUAAAUCAAAUUAAUCUCAUUUAAUUUCAAUUCAUAGAUAUGGUCUACAAGAAUCCAGUUCCGAAUGUUUAUAUCAAGGUUGAAGAUUAAACCAAUAAUAAAUUGUACAGCUAUCGUUCAAAUGAGAGAGGAAUUUGUAAGGCUCUAUUGCAAAAUAAAAUUACAAAAGGUAAAAUCUUUAUAUAGAAUGUUGAAUAUUAUGAUGAAAUCAAGGAAAUUAAUGAAUAAUAUCCAUUAUCCUUAAAUACAAUCAACUACUAUUAUAUUAUACGCAAACCACAACAGUCUCAAUUGGAAGUCUUAAUUGUGAAUUAGCCUAAUGAAGGCUUCUUGAAUUUCUAUAUCAUUUUGGAAAACAAAUAAGUCAUUCAAUCUGAUUAAGAUAUUGAAUAGCCUUAAUAAAAUCCAGCAGAUGGAAUUCAAAUAAUUAGAUUUUCUAAUCUGUAAAAUAAGAGAGACAUCUUAUAAUUGGUUGCCUGUCUGCCUAAAUUAAAGAUGGAUUCCGUUAAAGAAAUGUAUGUCUUGACUCCCAAUUAAAUACAAAAGUAUUAAUUACCCAAAGUGCCAUCUGAACAAGGCACAUUAUACCCUUACUUCUGGAUACUAGGCUCAUUGAAAGAACCAUAUGAGGCAUUUGAUGUCGUGAAUCAAAUUAUCAAUACAUCCCAAUUGAAAACUUAUCCCAAUCUUACUAAGUCACUCAAAGACUAGUAAGAAGUUGUAUAAUGUGCAUUCCAAUCACCCAAUCUCAUAGUGGCUGCCAAUCGAAAUGGUAGCGUUUAUGUUUGGAACUUGGAUAGUUACUUAGUUGAUUGUACAAUUAACAGUGUAUUCUUUGAACUUGUCAACACAAUUAUCAUUUGGGACGAUGACAAUGUCCUAAUCUCUGACAAUAGUGGCUUAAUAGUCUGGUUGAAGAAGGAAGAUGAAACCCAAUAGUUUUUCAUAUAAACUUCACUUAGUAUCAACAAGAAAACCAAUUCUAUGUGUAGAAUAGGUGCUGAAGGAAUAGCUGUGGGGACUGUUGUUGGGUAAUUGGUCCUAGUCAAAGUAGACUUGAGAUAAUUGCGAUUGUCUAUUGAUGCAACCAUCCUAGUUGUAUCUUCCACCUAAACUGUUGAUCCAAUCAAUAAGAUGGUUAACAUUACAAACGACCAAAUAGCCUGCUUAUGUGAUAAUAGCAAAUCCAUUUUUAUUUAUAAGAUUGAAAAAUCAUUAGAUUAACCAUUAACUGGAACACUCAUUCAAUAACUGGAAAUCAAGGGCUAUCUCAGUGGUGGAUAACCCAUUUUAUAGAUUAUCUCUUUGGAUCAACGUUAUUUGAUUUUUGGAGGACUAGAUGGUGUAUUACAUACUUUAGGCAUUGACUCACUUGAAAGAGGUCCAAACAUCAGUCUCAACUCAACUUAACAAGUCAAUAGUGUGUUAUAAAAUGAAGAUAGAGUCCUUAUUGCGUAGGGCAGCCAUAUUAGUUUUGCCACUUCUCUAGAGACUGUCAAUGAACUUAAAAUUACUCAUUAAAAAUAUUUUAAAUCACCAGUUGAGUUAUAUUUAGGAGAAUGUGUAAGUUAUGAAAAAAGGUUACUUACCUUUACUAAUUAAGGUAAGAUGGUUGUUUGGUCUUUGCAAGAUCCAAUCUUCCCCAGUAUUAGCACCUUUUUGAGUAACACUGAAUUUCCACGUCAAUUAAAACCUAACAAGACUUAAUUCCUAUUGGUAGAUGCCCAAAUCCCUAAAGAGAGUUUCUCUCUUUUUUUAAUUAAUGAAAAUGGAUAAAUCAUAAAGGAUUCUACACAAGUCGUCAAAUUCUAAAGGGAAGAAAACUAUUUCUAUAUGGAAAUUGAUUAAACGUAACAAUAAGGCUUAUGGAGAUUGGGAGCAUAACUUCAGAAUGCAGAAGCAAUCAAAUCAAAAUAGCCUAAAAUAUAUUUUAUAACCUCUGAUGGGUUUUAAGUUUUAAAUUUUCCUUAAUCAAUUGCUUUUAAAAAGAAUUAAUCGUAUCAAUGGCUAAUCGGCACUCUUAUUCCUAAUGUAGAAACAUUGAAAUUUACUUCACUUUGUACAGAUUCUUAAAUUGUUGGCAAAUUUCCAAGUUUAGAAAUGAAUAAACAUGAGGGUAAAAUCAAUCAAAUAGUCAUCCUUAAUAAAGAUGAGUUUAUCACUGCAGGAGAAGAUAAAUAAAUUAUCAUUUGGAAUGCUAAAACAUUUGGAAUCAAUAAAGUAUUUACCCAUGAAGCUGAAGUCUUGAGUAUCUACGUAUAUAAUGGAAUGUUGUUGGCUGGAAAUAAAGAGGGAACUGUAAUUGGAUGGAAACAACACGAUGGUAUCUGGCAAAUGGAUAUCAAAUUCAAAUAUCAUGAAAAAGGAGUUUAUUCUAUCAUCUAUGUUGAUGGUAGUCUUGUAACAGCAUCAGAUGAUAGAAAAAUUCACCUAGUCAAUUUCUAAUCAAGUGCUCAAGAAUAUAUAGAAUCAGUAGACAGAACAUUUGUGAUAUCUUUGGUUGCUUACAAUAAAGAUUCCUUUGCAGCUGGGUUCCCGGAUGGAAGGGUCAAAAUAUACAAAAGAGAAAAGACUGGUCCAAAAAUUUAAUUGAAGACUUUAAGAACUGUUACGACAGUAAAAGUGCAACAUUUGUACCAGAUUAGCAAUAAUUAAUUGUUUAUCGGAGGUAUGGAUAAGGUUAGUGAUCUAAUUAAUAUGGAUCUAGGUACUAAAUUAAAACCGUUAAAGGAUGGCCAUACUGGAUCGAUUUUGUGUAGUUAUCUAUACUGUAAGCAUCUUAUAACUGGUGGUUCCGACGGUAGAUUGAGUAUAUGGAAUACCGAAAAAGGUUAACUAAUAAAGGCAUUAGAAUUAAUUAAGGAAGAAAUAAGAGGUAUUUAUAUUGUUGGUCGAUUGCUGAUUACUGCAAGUUCCAAUGGAAGUAUGAAAAUUUGGUAAGAGAUUUGCCCAUUUAUUGAAUAAAUACCACCUGAAGAAGAGCCAGAAUAAUAAUAAUAACAACAAUAAUAAUUAUAAUAAUGA